GUUUCGCAGCCUGUUUCUUCAGUUUAGACGACUUUCAGUCUCUAGUUGCUUUUCAGUUUGUUAGUCACACUAUUAAGAAGUGAUCUGAAGUGAUCUGUUGUUUGUCCAAAAAAUUGAAAAUAAUUUGCUAAGAUAAUUCUUUGUUCCUAGCUGACUAAUUGUGCCAAUUGUUCAUUUUUCAAUUGAAUACGUGUGUUUAAUAUGGAUCCAUUAAAAAAUGAUGAUAAACUUAUAAUAGUUAAUCGAUCAAAGGAACAUCGAAUCAGUAAAAACCUCAUUCGCAAAGUGCCUUAUUUUGAGAAAAUGUUGAGCCAUUAUUCAUCGAAAUCAAAGGAAAACAAAGUUGUAUUGGAUUUUGAUGAAAAGGUCUUGGAAUUGAUUCUCAAUCGAGUUGAACACGGUUAUAUCUUCAUGGAGAUGGAUUGUGUCAUAAAAUUGUGCACCAUUGCUGACUAUUUUGGGAUGGACAAGUAUUUGAUAAAUGAAUGUUUCACUCAUUUUCAUAAUAAUUUUGCAAUUGAACAUCUUCCUGUGAUCAUACCUCAAGUUACUGCAACAUCUAAAUGUAUAAAUUCUGGUGCUCUCAAUGCUUUCAUCUGUCGCUACUUCACGAAGAUAGCAAAGACGAAUUUAUGGUUGAAUUAUCCCAUAGAAACAAUCGAGUACAUUUGUAAGCUUGACCUAAUGGUUUACUCAGAAAUGCAAGUUUUCGACGUGAUCAUGAAAUGGAUCAAUUUCAAAGCUGAUGCUAGAAAGUGUUACUUGAAGGAAUUGUUGAAAUCUAUUCGAUGGUGCUAUUUGGAAGAUAAAGAUUUGGCUGAAAUAAAGGAAAAUAAGUGCAUCCAAUCUUCAAACUUUGAACCAAAAUCAUGUUUUCGUGAUAAAUCUGGUUGCAAUUGUGUUGACCGAACAAGACAAAGUUAUUUCAUCGUGAUUGAAAAAUUCAAUGAUACAGACUUGCGGAUCAAAUUACUUGACGAUAAUUUUCUCCCAUUGGUUAAUCAAGUUAUUCAAUUAGAUGAAUCACUGUCUUUACAUCUUCUCCAUGAUGAACAUGUUUCAGAUGUAUUCUUUGAUUCUGGAAGGAAAUUGAUUCGAAUCGAUUGGAAGCAGAAAAAAUAUCGUUUGCUUGAAGCUGCUACUUUUCAAUCGCACUUCACCAAAUGUCUUAUGCUCAUUUCUGACGAACAGAAAAGAAAGACGUACUUUAGCAAGAUUGAGCCACAUAAACAAGAUCACGCAUUUGAAAGUGCACUUCUUGAAGCUGACGACAUGUUCAUUCUGGUUCGUAUCAAUGGUAACAAAUUUCAAUUUCAUCAGUUACCAAAUGUUUUAGAUAUCAGAUCUCUUUUCGGAUUACAAGGACACUCAUACCUGGCAACUAUUUUGGAUAACAAUAUUUACAUGCUGACAAAAGAUCUUGAGUUGAUUCAGUUCAAUAUUGGUAGCGGUUGUGUGCGCGAAACGAUUGGAUUUGAAAGAUUCAGAGACAAAUUUCACUUCAGUUCAUUGCUUUUAACUUCUAGCCGAGCCAAUGAUGAUGAAGUAUUUAUCAUUGACAAGUCCACAAAAGACCUCUUUUGUUACAAUGUUAAAACUGAAAAAUGGAGUUCAAUGGGUCGAAUCAGUAAUUGUGAUAGCGGAUCAGAUGGUAAAAUGAAAUCUGCGGAUCUUAUAGCUUUCACCUCAACAUUUCUUUCGAAGGACGCUAUUAAGGCUUGCCUCAACAUGAACUCAAAUGAAUGAAUUGCCUAUCUUCUGAUAAUAUAAUUCUGCAUGUUUAAACACACUGAUCUCAGGCAAUCCUGACAACUUUGUUAAC